ACUCGGCGAGGAGUGUUGUCAGAGUAUUCAGUAAUGCUUUGCAUGGCCAGCUAGCUGCUGUCGUGUGCGUCGAUGACAGUCGCAUUGUCAUCUGUUCGGAGAGUGAUCGUGCGAUGUUACUUGAGGAGCCAACCGGGCUACCGGCGGCCGACACCUAACGUCGCGCGAGUGCGUUUUUCGUGAGACUGUGAAAACCGACGAAAUAAAAAAAGAGAGAAAGUAAGGAACAAAAUAACGGACACGUACUCCCGGAGAGACGGACGGGAAGUGAAAAGACAGUGUGAGAGAGAAAAAGACGCGUGAGGCAGGACAUCGAGAGGGAAAAGGAGGACGGGCGAUUUGCGGAACAGGAACUUCAUCGUAUCCACGGCCGAAGUAACGUGGAACUUCGGUUCCACGUACCGCCGUGACUUUUCUCUCCGUUCUCGCCGCGAAUCACCGAGUCACGCGGAGAGCGAGGGAAAUAAAAAAAAAACGGACCGUCGCGGUAGCACCGUGCGCGGCAGUGCAGCAGCAGCGUACCAAGAUGCUGUCGUCAGUGUCAGCGAAAUAAUAAUGUGGUGCGACGUCAGUCAGCAUAAAACUAAUGAAAGGGAAGAUGUUUUGGGCCUAAAGAGUUGUGCAAUGAUGGGUCUGCAGGCGACGGCAGGUAAACGCAAAUUGGAGGGUGGUGUCGGCUGCAUGGAAUUCCACAUGGACUUGGGCGAGAGUCCGUCGAAGCUUGGACGCGUGGACGGUAGCUGGUGGGCGAUGGACGACAAUUACGGGCCGCCCCUGAAUCCGACAUCGUAUUACGAAAUGGAGGUGAGUUCGCCUUGCCUACAGGCGACGAAUCCGUGCCAGCCCUCGGCGACGAGUUCCUCGCAGCAGCAGCAACAAUCCCAGCAACACUCCUCGCAACACCAUCCAUCUUCCCAAUCACCACAACAGGCGCAGCAACAACAACAGCAGCAGCAAUCUCAACAACAACAGCAGCAGCAACAACAAUCGCCGGCGUCACCCUCGACGUCGGCCUCGUCCACGGUGACACAGUUGCAUCAUCACGCGCAACAUUAUUAUCACCAUCAUCAACGCCCCGUCAGUCCUAUUGGUAGCAACGGUUAUAACCAACUGUCGAGAUCUCAACCGCAAUGGGGUGCCCUUCAUCAUUACGAACCACCAACGAUACGUCGCGAGGAAAACGGCAAGAGCUAUCUGGAGCUCGGCUCGAGUUACCGGGCGAACGAGCGGUGCUGCGAAGGCUCCAAGUCCAGCUGGUGUCGGCGCGGCCGGGCCUGCUAUCGGCAGCGACGACUCGCCGUGCUCAACAUUUCUAUGUGCAAACUUGCCAGGUACCGUCAAUUCCCGGAUCCGAGCCUCCACCGGUCGGUACUCAUCUGCAACACUUUGAGACACCUGGAACGUGAGAUGGAGAGAGACAGGAGUCCACCACCUAUGGAGCCGGUUGUGCCGGCGCCGAUCGCUCAACUACAACCGCCCGAGCAGGGUAGGUUAACGCCUUUCCCCGUGCCGCCGACGUCGUCGAGUGAAACCGACGUCGACUCCGGCAUUGGUGACAGUGACGACAGUCGAUCGAUCAACUGGGGUAGCGUACUAUCUCUGUCGAGCCAGUCGCCACUCGACCCGCUCAACAACAACGAACUACUCGAUGUAGACAUUGGUCCCGAUCUCGACUUGGACUUUAUGCCCGGGUGGAAGCUGACGCCUCUUUCGGCGGAUGACAUUCUGAGAAGUACAACGACGACGACGACGACGACAACCCAGGAACAGCAUCAUCAUCACCACCACCAUCAUCAUCACCAUCAUCACCAGCAUCAUCAUCAGCAACAACAACAACAACAGCAGCAGCAACACCUAAUGUCGUCGGGAAGCAGUUGCGGCAGCAGCUGCGGCAAUAGCAACGUCAUCGGAAGCGCCGGCGUCAGCAACGUUGGUAGUAGCAGUAGUACGCACGAAUCGUUAAUGUGCGUAGGUUCAUAGCCCUCGACUUUGACAUCGUUGAGUCAUCUCAUCGAUUUCUAUCCGUUGACGCCGCAGGGCAAGUAAAUCCGCGGCGAUGGACAAUGCACCCCGCGUUCCGCAGUCCGCGGUCCGCGGGCUCUGGAAAGGCGCGCGGGCGAGAGGCGAAGUGAUGAAUACGAAACUCUCUCGCCCACCCUCUGGAGCGCUCGACGUCCGGCCGGCGACUCUCGAGGAGCCGCCUUUAUCUUUCGGUUUCGCGUUAAUUUAUUGUCGCGUCAAUUUACACGUGUACACACACGGAUACAUACAUACGGACACCUACACCGAAUACCGAUACAACCUUCUGUGACACUUUUGUUCUUCCUCCGUUCUUUUUACCACUGCUAUUACUACUAUUACUACUACCACUAUCACCAUCGCUACCAUUACCGACCCUAUCGUUACCAUUACUUCUACUACUGUCCCUCCCGUGACUAUUUACCACUACCGUUAUCGUUACUUCUACUACUAUUGCUACUAUUACUAGAGUAAUACUAUAUUACUACUCUUAUUAAUACUAUUACUACUACUAUUAUUACUAUCGCUAAUCAACGUGUCUCCCAACGUAUCUGCUCCCCGAGAGACGGACGCGUCAUGACACGCGGCAUCCGCAGGUGCAGAUAGAGCGCUCUGAGGGUUUAACGAACGAGUUAAGAACGAGGAGAGUGAAGAGAGGGAAGGAAGUUGUGUAGGACAACGGAAAGAAAGCCUUUACUGUCCGCGUGUCGACAGGUGCUGCUACUCUCGAUAUGAUCUGAUAUCCCGACAAAUAUAUUCGGACGGCAAAUUUUGUAUUGAGCUACCGCGUACAAGAUCAUGAAGACGCGAGUAUUAUCUCUUCCACCAUGAAAUUUCGAGACCAGGUGCAAGCGCAAUUUACACGCGUCUCAGAAUAAAUUGUCUCAAGAUUUAAAGAGAACUGUGUUGAUAAUCAUCAAGUCAUUUAAUAAACGUGUAAUAACGAUCAUGCAUGGAAUCCUAUAGCAGAAUCGAGGCAAUGUUUCUGCAGUUGCAUUUGCGAGCUCGAGAGUUCUCUCAGAAAGGUGAUUAAGACGUAGUAAGAGAAUGCGCAGAGAGAGAUUCGAGAGGACGGAAAGGAGAAAGAGAGAGAGAGAGAGAAGAAAAAUUAUAUAAACCACGUCGAGUAUGAAGAAGCUUCCUUUUCGAGACUGGAAAAACCAACGAGAACAUUGCGAUCGAAGUCUUCCGGCCUGGGGAGCUUCUGCUCCCUCGCAGUUCUCGUUUGUAAGUCGCAGCCUCAGAUUGUCCGGGGAGAAUUUCCUUCGUAAAACGGCGUACGAUGUCGGGGUCCGCGUCUCUGGGAGGAACAAUCGAUGAUAAUCACCGACGAUACGCUAUCCGCGUGUGUAUGUAUGUUUGUAUGUGUGUGUAUAUAUACACACGGGCACGCAUCCACACGCACACACACAUACACAACAGACAGUAUACAUACGACUGCCGUGGCCUAUAUUAUAUGAAGAGACAGCGACACGUGCGAGUGUGAAUGCAUGCAAGUCAUACGGUGCUACAAGGCGGCUGCAUCCUGGUGCUUGUAUCCUCUGGACACACGACACAUUCAUACACACACACACACACACACACAUAUACAGUAUAUGUUAAGCCGAAGACAUACCGAAUUCGCAUGGAUCGCUUGCUUAGCAUCCGUCGCUCGGGGUCGUCGUGACGCGUGUCCUGCCGUCGUAAGCGUGAUACGAUGUAAGUCGGAGAUGUCGGCGUCUUGAUCUCGAGAUACUUUCGGCACCACUACGUCCAGCGUUCUACUUGUUCAAGUAUCUCUUCUCGCGAACCGUGAAUAGUAGUUAAAAAGACAUGAGUCCAUAAAAAGAUUACAUCAGAUCCCAUGUGAUGCUCAUAAUACGAAAAUACUUGGCUGUACAUAAUUUUUAUCUGUCUGAUAAUAAGUUAAUAAAUAAAUUGGAAGAUGUGCAUGGAACUCGAGCUGAAAAUGUCUUACAUUUAAAAAUAAUUUAUAAAGAUACAGCAAGUCACAUUGAACAGGCUGAAUUGGGUUGGUGCAAUCGGGUCUCGACGCGUUUUCCGAGAAAGUGAAAAAUUAACGAGCGAGAGAGAGGAUUGAAACAUUUACAUUGAAACAAAAUAUGUUCAAGUUAGAUAUUAGUUCACGCGUUAAUCAAAUAUUGCGAUCAGAAUAAAAGUUAUAAUUAUUCUUUCAAUAAAUAGCGAUAUUUAUCUAAAAUUCUCUCGGCAUCUCCGUGACUCGACGAUGGAGUGUGCGCCACAAUUGUUUCAAUCACAAAGUCUAAUUGUCAGUUAAAAUGUGAAAAUUAAGCAUGCAAAGCAGUUCAUUAAGUUUUCAAAGUCCAUUUAUAAGCUUUAACGCAACGGAUUAACCCUAACAUGCAUGACAUAGGUCAUGGGUCUAAAAUUCGAUUUUAAAUGCGAACUUCGCAUUAAUUAUUUUAUCAGAAUGACCAUCGAACUUUCCACGAAUAAAUAAAUAUAAAAGUAUUAAUCUUACCGAAAAAAAAAAGAAAAAGGGUAAAGAACUCGUUAUACGUAAAAAAAAUUGCCGCGAAUAGAAGAGAGAAAUGUAAAACAGAGUUUGAUAAAAUUCGCCGCAGUGAAUUAUAACGAGAUUUACAAAAUUACAUUUUUCAAAGAUGUUAGAACCAUUUUCCCUUCAAUACUGAAAGGAUAUUGAAAUUAUCAUAAAAUCGCGAAGGGAGAUAAUUACGAAUGGGGUGCAACGGGCCACGUCGCAUAUGUCUGUCUGUACAUAUAUGUAUAUGUGCACGCGCGCGUGUGCAUGUGUGCGUAUGGGUGUAAGAGAUGAGGUGACACGCGUCCCAAGGAGAUUAACGCGAGACGCCGGCGCCUUCGUGUGGAUAUCUUGUGUCUCGACAUACGACGUCGACAAAUGUACCUGCAUUUUAGAGAUCGGGAUAACGUUCUCCCCUUCGGAUCGUCGCACGGUGGCCACUGCGCGCCACUGAUCUCCCGUAAAUGUAUCAUAUGUACACACAUACAUAUAUUAUAUAUAAAUAUAUAAAAUAAAUUAGAGUGGCCGGCGUGCGCGCGCGUGAAGAAGGCGAAACGCUCGGAGUUUUCGGUCGAUUUAAAAAUCCGCUCGACCCCGGACGUACAUACCUUCUCGCGUGAAAUCCGUGCGCGAUCUCGCCCUCAACGUCCACGAAUCUAUUCGAGAGCAGCUAUACUUAAAACGAUUUAAGAAAGUCUAACGUUACGAAAGAGAGUAAUAAUAAUGAUAACUUAUAUCGACUCGACUGAUUACUUAAACGCGAGGGUGAAUGCGAAUGCGAGAGUGCGAGAGACGAGGGUGAGCCAGGAACGUAUGCGUGUGUUAGAAAGGGAUGAUGUAAUUAUCGCGAUAUAGAGUUGAUUUAAAUUGUAAUUAUAUAUAAUGAUGUUUUCUCUUAUAUGAGACACACAUACACACAACACACACACGCACACAUAGCACACGAUACACAUAUACGCGAGAUAUGCUAGGUACUUGUUGUACAUAUACAUAUAAUAUGCGUUACUUACUAAGUCUAAGCUCUUAGGCAUAAACACGAAUUGUCAAGAAAGAAGAGAACCCUUCGUACCCUCGUUCUCACCCCCCAAAUCGCGUCGACUGUCCUCGCUCUUUCGAAGAUCCUUCCUCGAAUUCCAUUUUCUACUUUGUACCGUGGCACAUGUACGAUCAGCAUACAUCCCUCCCCCACUUUCAUCACAAAUCUCCCAUCUCCGAUGAUAAUACUCUCUCCCCGCGCAAUUUCUCUGCGGAAACGACGAGCAAUAUUACUUAUAACAAGCCGCGGGGAAUUUUUGGAAGGAAUGAGCGUACGUACAAAUUCACGCGUCUUACCGCGCGCGUGAGUGUCGCACACAAAUGUCCUUUGUAUUGUGCAUUGUAUGCGCGUUGAGCGUCAAUACGUUAGUAAAUGGCGGAUUGGACGGGAUCACAAAUCAAGCGGAUGCAAGGGCUCGCACCUCUCGAAAAAGAGCAAUGUAAUUAAGGCAGGAGAACAACUCCUUCCCGGCAAAGAGAAAAGAGUUCGUCUUCAGAUUUAAGGCAGCCUAGCUGUUGUUGGCGGACGUCUGGUUGUCUUUUGCCGUUAGCGUUUCAUAGAACUUGUAUCCGCCAGUAUGCGAUUCGGCUCUAAAUUCGAUAAGACGCUGCUUUAAAUCCCUUCAAUGUUUAACCUCGAAAUUAGAAAAAAUUACACGAUUUGAUAAUUCCGCGAUAUCCCACUUUGACUCGAGUCGAGACGAGUGGAAGCAAAUUAACGAAUUUUUCAUUUCUAAUCUUCGAUUCACUUUCUAGUUAUUGUAUCUGCUCUGUGUUUGACUGCUCCACUGGAAAACCAAAUGAUGCAAUAUCCUUUCCUAGAAAAUAUUCUCUUUUCUCUUAUUGUAAUUAUUUAUAAUUAUGAUCUACUGCAAUUUUAAUGUUACUUUAAUUUUAGUGUUUAUUUAUGUGAUUAGUUACUUUACAUUGAGAAAAAAGUGGUUAAUUUGACUAAAUUUUUUAACUUUAAAAUAUUUAUCUAUUUAAGUUAAUAAUAUUUAAAUAUAUAAAUACUUAAAUUGUGAAAAAAUUUCGUCAAGUUUAUCUUCCUUUUUUCUCUCAGUUUAAGUCAUCAUAAGUGGCCAAUCUUUCAUGAAGCGGCAAAUAAUGAUUUAAUCAACACUUAUUGAUAAUAACGUCAGACUUUUUGUUCGCUAUUUUUCGGUGGAGCAGUCACGUUAUUCUUCCACGACGUUAAUCGAGCGAAGCUAUUGGGAGCGGAAAAUCGGACAGUCGCGCGUGUCUUAAAUCGCUUCCGUAAAUGAAACCUUUCUUUCUCUCUGCUUUGAAAGAGAGAGAGACCGGUUAAUAUAAUUCAAUAUUAAUAUAUCUCGAUAGAAGAUGCUAUUUGUGUAUCUUUCGUUUAUCCGAAAAGAUGUAAAAAAUUAGGGCAUAUUUCUAAAAAAUUAAGUAACAUGGAGAGGGUCGCUGAUUAAAGUCAGUAAAUAAAUAAAAACAAUAUAAUUAGUUUUCAAAUAAAAUGAUAUUUUAAUCAAAUCUGUAUUUAAAAAUUAGACCUGCAAAAUAUUUACAAUUUAUUAUUUUCUUAUUAUAAAAUCUUAUUAUUUGAAUAUCUUUUUCAAACAGUCAUUUACUAACGACUCUUCAAUGACUGAUCCGGCGUCGCUUCAACUCCUACGUGGGAGAACGCGCGAGCGCCGCUGGCAUCUGCGACGUGAGGCUUUGUCUAUUUUUUCUUUAAAACAAUUUUUUUCUUUUGCGCGAUCGGACACGUUGACGCAUAGCUCGCGAUCGGACACGCGUAUCUCGUGAAGUGCCUAAAAACCGCCGAAGGGAGAAAGUUACGGCUGUUAAGCGCAAAGUCCUCGGUACGCCGACGUGCAUACAAGUGGCAGCGGUGUGUGCGACACGAUUAUACUCUGGCGAUUAUUCGCGUUUCUUCCCGUUCUUCCCUUCCUUCCCCCCAUUUUCCCUCUUCUCUCUUUUCCUUUUUAACGGGAUGCCGGAUGGAGGCGUUUUGUAAAUAGUAUAAAUAGCACGUGCGCGAAGAUACGUUUAAGCGAAAUAAAAAAGAGGAUAUAAUAAGUUUAAUAUUGAGAAAAAAUAUAUAUAAAUAAGAUAUAUAUUAUAUAUUAAAGAAAAAAUUGUAUAUAUAUAUGUAUGCGUAUACGUGUACGUGUGCGUGUAUAUGUGUAUAAGAUUAUUAUUAUUAUUAUUAUAUUAUUAUUAUUAUUAUAUGCAUAUAUAUGUAUAUAUUUAUCUUGGUAAAUAAUACGAGGCGGUGACGAGCUCGCGAUCGAUUCUUUCUCAUCGUCGGUGAUAUUCGGACGAAAUUCAUUUUCAUUCGCGCUCAUGACGGCUCGCGGCAAUUCAGUAGUCACACGUCGAAAUUCUCUCUUUUUCAGAAUAUUCGCCGAGCAAUUUUUUUUUCGAACCGAUUUUUACGAUCAAAGAUCCUCACGUUUUAACGGUCGCGUGAGAUUUCAAUAAAAUUAUUAUUAUUAUUUGGUAAAAGAAAUUUAGUCACACUCAGAAUAUGUUUCUCUCAGCGCGAACGAUUCGUAUUAAAUUCGUAAUUAGUUUCAACAUCGGGCUUAUGUUACAACAUAAAUUAAUUAUGCCAAUAAUGUCCGAAGAUCAUUUAUCUCGCGUAUUACGUAAAACUUUGAACCGUCAUCGCGCGAACUGAUUUCUCCCCUCGACUCGGUUCCAUCUCGUCCUGAGAAAGUUGUAAACAAAAGGAGCAAAAAAGUUCCAGGAAAGAAACGAUGGGGCGAGCGGUCGUUGAUAGGGAGAUUGGACGCGAACAGCUCGGCGCCGUCUUGAGAAAUUAGGGCAGGAAAAGAACGCACGACGUUGUACAUUGUAAAUACUAGCGCGAAGAACGAUGGUUACAGAGAGUAAGAGAAAGAGAGAGACAGAGAGAAUAUAAAGAAGACGAGAGAGAGCAGAGAGAGAAAGAGAGAGUAAUAUGGUGUAAAAGGAAAAAGAGAAAAGGGGCGGUCGCGAAUCGAGACAGUGUCGUCGGCCGCGUCGAGCAAACGCACGGCACAGCGGGACGCACUUUCGGAUCAUCCAAAUCGAAAUCCGGAAGUGCGUGAGCACCCGCCGUCGCGACGAGAACGGCGAGAGCUCGGAAGUGUUCUCUCCCGCUGCCCCUAUUCUCCCCCCCUGUAGCGGCACCUGGUGGUGCCAUUCCGCGAGCGAAAAUGCAGACCCGCGGCUGACCGAGCGCGAUCGAGCAGCGAAGAGUUG